AUGCGCAGAGCAUCACAGGCAUCUCUGGAUCCAACUGCAUGUUGCUUCACCGAUAUCCUUGACAUAUGGGGCGACGGCCCACGGGCGAAAUGUUUCUUGAAUUCUCUGGGCUCAUACGAGGAGAAGCUGCAAAGUGCCUGGCUGCUUCCGUGCUUUGAUUCUGCAUAUUGCUGCCAGCAUAACCAGUUCUGCUGCUACACAGGUUCUUCAGAGCGUUUCCGUGUGCAAGGACCACCUUGCGUGGAUUGGUCACCAGCAGGAUCUCAACAAGGAAUUCACGGGGAGCAACUUCCCACCAUGCUGGCGUCGGGGGCUAAAACGAGGGUCACUGGAUCCCAGCUGGUGGGACUGGAGAAUGUGCGGCAGCUACCAGGUCACGUUGUCCAAGAUGCUUUUGGGCCAGGCUUUGAAUUUUUCGACGCAAUCUUGUCUCCAGACCAGGUUGGUUUCGAGUUCAUGUCUAGGGAAAGGGCAUACUUUGCUGGUGUCUUCAAGGAGAAAGCCACAUGGUCUUCAGAUCCGGGCUUUGUUCUGCAACAUGCACUUCAUCAUUUGCAAAGGGAAGCUACUCCAAAGUAUGGGCCAAGUGUUCUCUUGUGCGGCUCUCCAGAUGACAUCCGCGAAGACAACUUCAAUUUGGCCUGUCACCGUGCCCAUUUGAAGGGCACCACAUUGAGCCAACGCAUGAAACUUCCGUUUGACCAUUUGCUUAAUUUUAACGAACGUGAGCGAUUGAAAAUGUACAUCUGGAAAUUCCAUAAUCACAACUCGGACAGAAACUUGUGCAAUUUUGCAGACUUGGCGUGUCACCUGGGAGAUGACCCGCGAACGGGUUGGACGACGUGGAGUGCUACCUCGCAUGCAAUGCCCACCUUGAGGCGCUCCUCUGGGCUGAUUGCAUGCCCUAAUAGCCAGAGACAGUUCCUGCUCAAGGAGCUGUAUUGUGGAAUGGGCUUUGCCACUUGGCCAUUCCUUGCUCACACCUCAAAAGUCCCGAUGUUUGAAGUCUCCAGGCCUGGGGUUUGGACAUAUCCCCAAGCCCGGCAAGCCUUGGGGAAUGCUCAGCAUGUCGCUUGCGUAGGAACUUUCAUGGCUUGUGCCUUGGUUUCCUCUUCUCCAAUUUGGACCUGA